UUUCACCUUUUUGAUUAGGAAGUCGCUCUGGAAUGGCAUUAAGUAUUGUCAAACUUUAAGCUGUAAGAAUCAAAUUCCAUGCUAGCUGGAGUAGCUGACAUAUGGUAAUACAUUCAAGAUGGCAGACGGCCCUCCGAAUCCAUCAGAAAAUAGUGGGAUUUUAUCUCAAACCUUUUUCUGUUGGCUACUUCCAUUCUUCAGAUAUGGCUACAACCACACCAUAGAACAGCCCGACCUCUACCGGAUAUGCAGCAAAGAUGAUUCCAAUCUUCUUGCUGAUAGACUAGAAAGGAACUGGAACAAAGAACUGAAAGCAUGCAAGUGCCAUCAGAAGAAGCCCAGCCUUCUCAGAGCUUUGAUUAAAACAUUUUUGAGGCCAGUGGCCUUCUCUGGGGUUAUAGUAUUCUUUGAGGAAUGUGUCUUCAAGCUCCUUCAGCCCAUUAUCCUCAGUUACCUCAUCACCUACUUCUCCCCCGAGCCUGAGAUCACCACCACUCAGGCUUACAUCUGCGCUUUCGGGAUGGCCCUGAGCGGCGCUGCAGCUACCAUCAUGCAUCACCCAUAUUUUUUUCAAAUGCAGAGGGUCGGCAUGCAAGUCCGCAUCGCAACGAGUGCCCUGGUCUUCAGGAAGUCGUUACGCCUGAGCAAUUCAGCUCUGGGAAAGACCACAGUUGGAAAGCUGGUUAACAUUCUAUCAAGCGAUGUCAAUAGAUUUGAUGUGGUAAUGCUCUUCCUUCACUAUGUGUGGAUUGGGCCUUUGCAGCUGAUAGUCUUACUAAUCAUACUCUUUAACAACAUGGGACCGUCGUGUCUGGUCGGCUUUGUCAUCCUCAUCUGCCUUGCCCCUCUUCAAGGCUGGAUGGGAAAAUUGUUCUCCAAGUUUAGAAUCAAGACUGCGUUGUUGACCGAUGAGCGUGUGAGGAUUAUGAAUGAGAUCAUCUCCGGGAUGCGCAUCAUCAAGAUACACGCCUGGGAAUUUCCCUUCUCAGACCUCGUCAGGAAAUCAAGAAAGAAAGAAAUUGCCAAGGUGAUGCGCUCCGCCCAUCUCCGUUCUUUCAACAUCGCAUUCUUCAACCUGGCUACCCAUAUCAUAUCUUUCUCCACCUUCACCGUGUAUGCCAUGACCGGCCAUGUUCUCACGCCGAGCAUCGUCUUCCUAGCUAUCCCGCUCUUCAAUGCUGUCCGCCUCACUGUCGUUCUCUUUAUACCAUACUGCAUCAUGUAUGGGAGUGAGGGGCUUAUUGCUGUUAGGAGAAUACAGGAGUUUUUAAUGAUGGAUGAACUGAAGGCUUUAAAACAUGCAGAGUCCGACUCCUCCAUCGCAUCUGAUGCCAACUUACCCAUCCCUGAGCAGAUUGGAGAACCACUGGAGGAGAACGAGAAGAAGGAUAGAAGAAAAGAUGAGGACAGGGCGGAGACCAUCGACGAUAAUAAUGUCACGGUUGCUUUCCUACCUAACGACAACAAAGAAAAGGAAAAAGGGAAAUACAUGAAGCUCAUGAAUGAUAAGAGAGAGGAAGAGGAAAAUGAAAAGGAAGAGCAAAGAAAGGAGAGGAGAGAAAGCAUCGACGACGAUGACGUCAUGGUAGCUUUCCUCGCCAACGACAACAACAAGGACAAGGAAAAACUUGCCAACGAUGUUCCAGAUGGGAAAUACAUGAAGCUAAUGAAUGAUAAGAGGGAGGAAGAAGAGGAGAAUGGAAAGGAGGAGCAAAGAGAGGAGAGGAGAGAAAACAACGAAGGAUCAAAACAAAGAGUUGACAAGAUUUCUGAACAUGGAGAAAACGAAAGUGACAUCAUUCUCCGGAAUGUAGGGGGAUCUUGGGAAGAUGAUGAUGAUGAUGAUAAAGUUGGUUUCAGUUUGAAGGAUAUCAACUUUUCUCUUCAAGCCGGAGAGCUGGUAGCCAUCAUUGGACCGGUGGGCAGUGGCAAGUCUUCACUUCUCAUGGCCAUGAUGAAUGAGCUGCCAACGCAGACUGGUGAUGUGAUUAUGAGUGGUAGAAUAGCGUACACAGCACAGCAGCCAUGGGUGUUCUCUGGCACGCUAAGGGAUAACAUUCUCUUUGGCAAGAAGUUCGACCAAGACAAGUACAAGGAGGUCCUGAAAGUCUGUGCGCUCAAAACGGACAUUGCACUAUUACCCGAAGGUGACCUGACCCUUGUUGGGGACAGGGGCAUCACAUUGAGCGGAGGUCAAAGGGCAAGGGUCAGCCUGGCCAGGGCCGUUUACCACGAGGCUGAUGCGUACCUACUGGACGACCCUCUGAGUGCAGUAGAUACAGCCGUGGGAAGGCAUCUAUUUGAUAAGUGCAUCAAAGGCUAUCUUAAAGACAAACCGGUUGUUCUCGUCACCCAUCAGUUGCAGUAUCUCGAUGCGGCAGACUGCAUAGUUGUUCUCAAAGAUGGCGAAAUGGUAGCAUGCGGAAGCUACAUAGAGCUUCAGACCUCUGGGAUAGACUUCGCUGCUCUCCUCAAAGAACACCAAUCUCUACAGCAAGAAGAUGUACUCUCGCAGGCCAGCUCAGUGCAUUCAAUCCCAGGAGCCAUUGCGACAGAGAUCAAUCCCCAUGUUGAUGACAUCAUUCUAGAAGUUGAUGAAAAAGGGAGAUUUAUAGGAGAGUAUUGGAUGAAACAGGCUGAUGAAGGUGUACUAGAUAGGCAGAAAGAGACCAAGUCAGAAGGCACAGUGGCAUACAAAGUCUAUGUGAAAUACUUCAGGGCAGGGGCAGGCGUGAUUGGGUUCGCCGUCUUCAUGCUCUUCAAUAUUUGCAGCCAGGCCUUCAUGAACCUCACUGACUGGUGGAUUUCGAGGUGGGCAUUCGCUGAGGAGAUGGCCUGCGCUGAGUUACUGAAUCGGUCCUGCACAGUCGAUAGGGUCCUACCAAAUCAAACCUUUGUUGAUGAGAUGGAUAUAGACCGACCGUACUAUCUUCAAAACCUCUCCAUCUUCCUCUGUCUCUUCAUAUUCUUCUGCUUCAUCCGUUCCUAUCAUGUAUUCUUCAUCAUCGUCAAUGCUUCCGCCGUUCUUCACAAUAGAAUGUUCGAUGCCCUAAUCAGGGCCCCGAUGCAGUUCUUUGAUACAAACCCAAUAGGGAGGAUAUUAAAUCGGUUCUCUAAAGAUAUUGGUUUCAUGGAUGAGCUCUUGCCGACAACCUUUGCCGACUUCAAUGCAAUCUCAAUACAAACCUUGGCAUUCAUUAUCGUCAUAAGCAUAUUCAACCCGAUUGUUCUCUUAUUUACUGUGCCGCUUUGCGUAGCGUUCGUCCUUGUCAGGCGCUACUACCUUGCUUCUUCGAGGGACAUCAAGAGGCUGGAAGGAAUAACUCGUAGCCCUGUCUUCAGUCACCUCUCUGCCUCCCUUCAAGGGUUGGUCACCAUCAGAGCCUUCAAGGUCCAGGAGGACUUCACCAGGCAGUUCGACCUCCACCAGAACACCCACACCAGAACGUGGUUUCUCUUUCUCACCACCACCCGUUGGUUUGGCAUCAUGCUGGACUGGAUGUCUGUCACGUUUCUUGCCGUCGUAUCCUUCUCUUGCGUAGUCUCAGCCAAUCUGUUUGACUUGGACUCUUCUUUGGUUGGUUUAUCUCUGACGUACUGUCUUAUGUUGAUGGGAGCCUUCCAAUGGGGUGUUCGGCAGAGUGCCGAGGUAGAAAACCUGAUGACUUCAACUGAAAGGGUUAUAGAAUAUUCGCAGCUGAAACCAGAAGCUCCCCUGGAGAACGAGAAAGAGCCCGAUGCUGAUUGGCCAAAACAUGGCAUCAUCACGUUUGAAGACGUCUCAGUCUCCUACAGCGAUGAUGGACCUCUGGUCCUAAAGAAUCUAAGAUGCUGUAUACGAGCCGAAGAAAAGGUUGGUAUCGUUGGUAGAACGGGGGCUGGUAAGAGUUCCUUGAUGGCUGCCCUCAUGAGGUUAACGGAGCCCAGGGGGAUCCUGAAGAUCGAUGGCGUCACCAUCACAGAGAUAGGUCUUCAUGCCUUGAGGAAACGCAUAUCAUUUAUACCACAGGAUCCUGUAUUAUUUAGUGGAACUCUUCGCAAGAAUCUUGACCCAUUCAACCAACAUACAGAUGAUAAUAUAUGGAACGCAUUAGAAGAGGUCCAACUCAAGCCCAUCGUUGAGGAAAACCCAGGAAAACUUGAAAUGGGGAUGUCCGAGGGCGGGACGAACUUCAGCGUCGGUCAGCGGCAGCUUGUCUGCCUAGCGAGGGCGGUAUUACAUCGGAAUAAGAUCCUGAUCGUGGACGAAGCCACGGCCAAUGUAGAUCCUAGGACUGACCAGUUGAUCCAGCUGACCAUUAGGAAGAAGUUCAAGAAGUGCACAGUACUGACCAUUGCACAUAGGCUCAAUACAAUCAUGGAUAGUGAUCGUGUUCUGGUGCUGGACCAGGGUCGAAUUAUAGAGUUCGACGAACCUUACGUUCUCCUGAAGGACGAGAAGAGCCUCUUUGGAUCCAUGGUAGAAGAGACAGGAAAGUCCGAAGCUGCCAAGCUCCUGUCAGUGGCCAAGUCCUGGUACUAUGAGAGAAACCCGUCCAACCCGUACAACUUUGACAUGGAUGGUGGCCUUGGUGACGGCUUUCCUUGAAAGGUCAACGGUGAAGUCGUCAUGGAGUCAUCGCAAGAGGUCACCAAGGUAAUUGGCAAUGGAAAGAGAAGAUCAGGGUAGUUUGCUUGUGGGAAAGAAGUCCUGCAGAUGCUUAAGUGUGAUGUAUGCAGCUGAUUUGGAGGUCAAAGGUUAUAGGUUACAAGGUUAAGUUAUCACAGGGUCGCAUGAAAUAAAUAUAAUCAGUCUUUCUGAUUAUGUAUUAGAGGGACCAGAUUCAACUUCAAGCAGUUUCUCAUUUGAAGAAUCUGCUGUGAAUCAUUAGGUUCCAUCCUAUUGGAAUGUCAAAGGCCAUUGAGUGUCAAAGGUCAUUAUUCAUCAAGGUCACAGAUAAUUGGUGAUGGGAGUUUGAGUGUUUCUAUAUAUUAUCAUUCAUUUGAUAUUGAUCUUUAAUAGCAAGGGUCAUUGUCAAAUUGGAGAAUUGGUAAAUGAGGUUAAAAGAUAAAAAAAAAAAUCCUCAGCAUUCUGUGUCUGUUCAUCACAGAAAUUUGUGAGCAUGGGUGUCUCAUGCAAAUGAUGAGAAAAGAGGAUGAAAAAAAAAAAAGAAUUCUCUAGAGCUGACCUUUGAUCUCUGUCACCACCAAGGCUGUCUAUGUGAUAUGUCUGACCUGAGGUCAAAUGUCACUGAGCAAAAAAAAAUGUUAUCUUCAUUUGAGGCUUUCGUAAGUCAUGGAUCUAUUUAUGUUGAGAAAUCUAGGAAGCAUUGUGAAUUUAUUACCUCUAAUAGAUUUUCCGUUAAGGGCAAGAUAUGUUUAACAAUAAUAUUAGCCAAUUAUAUCAUUUAGUUUACUUCAAACUAUGUAUGCGACUUACUUAGAAAAAUGUGAAUUUAAAAAACUUUUUUUGGGGGGAAGAAACUGACCUUGCUUCUUACAUGUAUAUUGACUGCUCUCCUUGCCUUGUUUUAUAUGCAGUGUACAAUGAAAUGUUUAUCUUUGCAGGGACUGAAAAUAUUUAUUCUUGCCAAAGGUGUUUUUAUCAUGAAUCCACUUUGACAUUGUGCAUUGGUAAGGUACAAGCAGAUUAUUUUCAUUUAAGAAUAUGAUGUACACCCUUCUCAUGCUUGUUAUCCAUUUUUUACGGACAUCGUUCUCAUCCCAUACUUUUAAAGAAGACAUUAAUCAAGACUUUGUUCUUGUAGUAGAAAUGAUUAUGUAUCCCAUUCUAUACCCUGGUUGAUUAAAUAGGUACCCUGUAUGACAUACACUGUUACUUCUUUUUAUGCUUGCACCCUCAAUCAUGGUGAAACCAGAGUAAUAUGCAGCAGUUUAUAUGAAGUAGUAUAUAAAUGUUGCAUACAUGUAUUAUUAUUGUAGUAUUAUUAGUUAUUUAAAACGGUUUAUUACAACAAGGGUAUCUAUAGCGGCUUAAAAGCCGAAUCGCAUAAUCGUUUACAAACAUUUACAUUAAAAUACAUUCAACAUCAAAUAAAAAAGCUCAAUUUACACAAAUUCUACAUCAUAUAAGAAACAUCACCAACUCCAAGACUAGAGUCUACUUCACACACGUGAUAAGACUAUAAUGGUAAAACAUAGAUAUAAAAAGUAGAAUUUUAAGACAAAUAGAUCCAGACCAAAAAGAAAAUUGUAGGCGUGGGCUUCAGCAUAACAGCGCUCUCGUAAAUGUACUGUAUUUACCAAAGAUAUCUUUGAUGCAAGUAUUUUAAUUAACUAAAUACAUGUAGCUCAGCCAGUAUUCAGAAAACUAUAUUCUCAUGCCUUGUCAAUUUGGAAAAGUAAUUUCACAUAUCUAUUAAUGUAAACCUGAUUACUAAAAAAAAAUGGAUAGAUUCCAGAUUUCAAUUCACAGUAUUCUUAGUGUUGACUAAAGCUUAUUUUGAAUUUUGAUAACUCUUUUCAUUUUCAAAGUUUGACUCCAUUGUUGGAGAAAAUGAAAGAUUUCACUACAUUAGAACACUUCUUAUCAGAGAAAGAUCAGAUUCAAAAUCUGAUUGAUAUGGAUAGAAUUUACUUGGUAUAUAAAAAUAGUCCCUAAGGUGUUGAAAAUUGGACAAACAUAAACGGGUAAUUAAAACAGGAUAAGCGUAAAGGCUUCAAAAUAUGUGAAAAAAAAGCAAUCUACACAUGUAGUAAUAAAGUCAACAACUAGUAAUAAUUUAUUUAUUUUUCAGUUACCUUGCGUAGACAAACCAAAGAUAAUAUAUGAGUCUGUAUUCACCAUUCAAGGUACAUGUAAACUGUAGACUACGGAAUUCUCUAAUUUGAAAGCUCGUUACCUUUUAGAACUGGAAAGACAUGUAGAAAGCCUAUGGGGAAUUAGAGAAUUCAGAAGUCAACAUGAUAAUAUAAUCAGGUUAAGUACAUAUGAAAUAAAAGGUAGAGAAGAGUCUACGAAAAACUAAUUUUCCAAACUUAUGUACCAUUAUCUAUACACUGGCUGAAUGGAUGCUGAAUGGAUUCCAUGUUUCAUCUUACUCUGCCAUUCCUGAAUAAAUGGAUGUAGAUGUAAAUGUUAUUUUUAAUGUCAGUUUAUUUUGUCUUGAUAAUUUAUUAUCAUUGGUAUUUAUAAGUGUUGGCAUCUUGAACAAACAUUUAAUGACUAAUAAUGACCUUUUAGCUAAUUUUGUAAUGGUAUCAUGUCCUGUAAAUAUGCCAAAUGAUUGUGCACGGUCAUUCUUUGGUUCUGUCAGCGUGAUCUUCUUAGAAAAAGAAAUAUGGUGCUUUUAGCUUUCCAUAGUUAGAUUUAUUGGAUUAAUCUCACUCCUUAGCCCCCCCCCCAAGUUCACAAAAGUGAAGAUCAAUAGAAGAACACUGAAAGGAUGCAAAUUGGCAAGGUCUUUCAGCAGUCUCCAAGAUCACUGUUAUUAGUGAUCUCAUGUGAUCUUAGAAAAACCCCUUUAAAGACUUUAAGACUGAUUGAUACUUCUUGUUUUGCUGAACUUAGACUAGUCCUACAGUGGUAUUUCAAUGGUCUUUCAAUAGCAUUUCAUUAGUUUUUCAGAGAUCUUUUGUGCAACAAACGAUCUUAUGGUAAUCUUUCCAUGGACUUUUGCUGGUCUUUUCAGUGAUCUUUCAAGAUCUCAGAUGAGUCUUUCAGUGAUCUCUCUCCAAAAAAGUUUGAGGGACCGUCGAAAGACAAAGCAGAGACCACUAUUGAAAUCUUCCUGAAAGACU